AAUUUCGUUGGUGCAUUAUCGUUUUUAGUGGACAAAGCCACCCCCCCAUCGACGAAGGAAUAGGAUAUUGUCCACUUCCGACAGUCACCAUGUAUUUUAGUACCAAAAACUAGCAAAGAAAAUAAACAAAACCAACCUCUUCAUGUCUUAGUUACCUGACAAAUUUCUCAACUCUAAUUCUAUCAAAGCAUCUUCCCUGCUCUAGAUGCCCUCCCCUCUUUCUUUGUCUACGUUUACUUAAUUUGGUUGUUCUUGUUAAAAGUGGGCACACGCUCUGUCGCUAUAGAGUUUAGAGAAAGAAAGACUCAUAAUUUCUUGCUUUCUAUCACUUCUCACCUCACUCUUUCUCUGACAAGACUUGUGGUGUUUUGAUAUAUACCAAAUAAUUCAGAGAAAGAAGAAAAAGAGGUGAAGAGUUUUCUUGAAUUCUUGAUUGAGUUGUGAAGAAAAUCAUGGCUUCUUUGAUUCUUUUGCCUGCAAAUUCUGUUUCUGGAACUAGAAGCAAGGCUGCCCCACCAGGGUUCUUGUUCUCUGGUGGUAGGCGGGCAGUGGCUCAGGUGGGGUUCAGGAAUCGAAGGUUGUUUACUGUUCGGUCUGCUUUGGAUUCUCUGGAAACCAAAGUAUCUGAUAUGAGUGUUAAUGCUCCAAAGGGGUUAUUUCCACCAGAACCUGCUCAUUAUAGGGGACCAAAACUGAAGGUGGCUAUUAUUGGAGCUGGGUUGGCAGGCAUGUCAACUGCAGUGGAGCUAUUGGAUCAAGGCCAUGAGGUGGAUAUAUACGAUUCGAGGUCUUUCAUUGGUGGUAAAGUGGGUUCGUUUGUUGAUAGACGUGGAAACCAUAUUGAAAUGGGACUUCAUGUUUUCUUUGGUUGCUAUAAUAAUCUUUUCCGUUUGAUGAAGAAGGUGGGCGCAGAUAAAAAUCUUCUUGUGAAGGAUCAUACUCACACAUUUGUUAACAAGGGAGGUGAAAUUGGCGAGCUUGAUUUUCGGUUUCUAAUUGGAGCUCCGUUGCAUGGGAUUCGUGCAUUUUUGUCGACAAAUCAGCUUAAGCCUUAUGAUAAAGCAAGAAAUGCGGUUGCUCUUGCCCUGAGUCCAGUUGUAAAGGCUCUUAUUGAUCCAGAUGGAGCAUUGAGGGACAUAAGGAAUUUAGAUAGUAUCAGCUUCUCUGAUUGGUUUUUGUCCAAAGGUGGCACCCGCAUGAGUAUCCAAAGAAUGUGGGAUCCUGUUGCUUAUGCCCUUGGGUUUAUUGACUGUGAUAACAUCAGUGCUAGGUGCAUGCUGACCAUAUUCUCAUUGUUUGCCACCAAGACAGAGGCUUCUUUACUUCGCAUGCUCAAGGGCUCUCCAGAUGCUUACUUGAGUGGUCCCAUUAGAAAGUAUAUCGAAGAUAAAGGAGGCAGGUUUCACUUGAGGUGGGGGUGCAGACAGAUACUUUACGAUAAAUCUCCUGAUGGAGAAAUACAUGUCACAGGACUUGCCACAUCGAAGGCUACGGAUAAGAAAGUUGUUAAAGCUGAUGCAUAUGUUGCAGCUUGUGAUGUCCCUGGAAUUAAAAGACUACUUCCAUCCCAGUGGAGGGAAUCAAAGUUCUUCGAUAAUAUUUAUGAGCUAGUGGGAGUACCUGUUGUCACAGUACAGCUUAGAUACAAUGGCUGGGUUACAGAAUUGCAGGAUCUAGAACGAUCAAGGCAGUUGCGGCAAGCUGCUGGCUUAGAUAACCUCCUGUAUACCCCAGAUGCAGAUUUUUCUUGUUUUGCUGACCUAGCACUUGCUUCUCCAGAGGAUUACUACAUUGAAGGACAAGGCUCAUUGCUUCAAUGUGUUCUGACACCUGGAGAUCCUUACAUGUCCUUGACAAAUGAUAAAAUCAUAGAGAGAGUCUCAAAGCAGGUCCUGGCUUUGUUCCCCUCAUCCCAAGGUCUAGAAGUUAUCUGGUCAUCCGUUGUAAAAAUUGCGCAAUCUUUAUAUCGUGAAGGACCUGGCAAAGAUCCUUUCAGACCUGAUCAGAAGACACCUGUGAAAAAUUUCUUCCUUGCUGGCUCAUACACAAAACAGGAUUACAUAGACAGCAUGGAAGGAGCGACUUUGUCCGGCAGACAAGCUUCAGCAUACAUUUGCGAUGCUGGGGAAGAGUUAUUAGCUUUAAGGAAAAAACUUGCAGCUGUCGAAUCUCAAGACUGCACAAAUUCUAACACAGUAACUGAUGAGCUCAGUCUUGUAUGAUAGCAAUUACAUAUCACAUAUCAAAGCUUCAUGAUUCAUGGCUGAAAUAAAUAGUUGUUGGGUAUAUGAUGCCAAUAAGGUUAAGUUUAUGAUUUAUGCAAUUCAAAACUUUUCCAAUGUAAAGAUUAGUUUCAGUUAUUAGGCAAUCUAGGCGUUGAUGCUGUCAUAUGCCUUGCUGUCAAGUCAUGUAACGAUCAUGGUAUUUACAGUGUUUAUCUCAGUGGUUGAAAUGAAGUUUCAACCACCUAGACAAAGAAUCCUGGACAUGGCAUUGAGAUAGUUUUUAUAA